UCCAGCAGCUAUCGAUUGACAUACCAUGAGGACCCUGAGCGUCUUGAUUCUCCUCGCAACUCUGGUUGCCUUUUGUGCAGCCCAGCAGGCCUCCAGUGGCAAGAACAGAAAGGAGAAUGCCUUCUCCAAGAUCGUUCCUCGCCUGCUGUGGAACAUCAAGCGCGGCGACCAGGAGAGCCACCGCAACUCCCAGCAACCCAUCAUCAUAGUGCAGCAGCCCAGCUCGAAUCAGGAAUCGGAUAGACACCACCACCACAACCCCAACUAUCCCUACUACCCGUACUACCCACCACCACCACCCCAACACCGUCCUCCGCCACCGUUUCCCGGCAUGGACUGGAACACUGUGGGAGGAGGACCCACCUACCUGAUCAUCAACCCCAACAACAUGCAGGGCAUCUACCUGCCCGCCAGCUCCAACAGCUCCAACUCCACCAGCUCGCGUCGCAGCGCCUUUGUGCCCACCAUUUCCGAUUUGCUGCAGGGACUCAACCUGGACGACCUGAGCGAUGGAAGUCUCUUUGAAGAUGAUUCGGAGGUGGUCAACGCGGCCGAGGAUGGAAAUGCGGAGAUUCCCGUGCCCGAUGGACCAAUCAGCCAGGCUGACGACGAUCGCGAGGAGGACGUGGUUAGCGAGGAUGAGAUCGACGCCUUGGAUCGCCAGAGCAACAGGGGAUUGAGUCCCAAACACCUGGUCUCCAUACUGAUGCAGGACAAGAGGCGUCGCCGCAUCCAGGAGGUUCUCGCUGGCAUCUAUCUGAGGAACUACAAUCUGAGCAGGAAGUAAUCGAACGGACACGAGCAGAUACAAAUUGAAAUUGUGCGAGGCUGAAUAAAUAGCGGGCACCUUGCCCAAAAACACCCCAUAAA